GCCAGGUAAAGUAGAAGUAAUUACUGGCGAUUCGGUUCACUGCAAGUCAAGUCUUGCGAUGUAGGUUUAUAAUUUAGAAAGCUGGUGUUUGUGUGUGUCAGUGUUUAUAUAACACGCAAUCCGUCAACAUGGGACGCGCGUGCAGAAAAUUAAAUGUUAUCUGGUGUUCUGGAUUGUUGUUCUUGGUUUUGAUAGUCGCUAAGAUAAAAUGCCAUCCUCAAUGUUUGGAUUCUAGACCACCUUUUAAAGGGGCAGGUUUAACAUUUUGCUCGCAGUAUCAGGACUAUGGAUGCUGUACUAGUCAAGACGAUGUGCAACUGAAAGAAAGAUAUGAUAGAAUACAACAACUUAUUCCUCCGGAAAACCAGCAGAUUUGGACUGAUUGCUCAGAGUAUGCCAAAACUUUCGUCUGUCAAGAAUGCUCUCCUUAUGCUGCUCAUAUUUUUGAUGCCGAACAAACCACCAAAGAUAUUGUCGUUAAACCGAGAGCCUUUCCUGGUCUAUGUAAAAACUACUGCAGCACUUUCUAUCAAAAAUGCAAAGAUUUUGUGAAAUAUUACAUGGAUGAGGCUGGUAGCGGCUAUAUGGAAGAGGCUUUGAGAUUAACCGAAGCUUUAUCAAGUCAGAUGGAAUUUUGUACAAAUGGCACCAAGUUGAUCGAUAAUGACUAUUGCUUUCCGGAGCUACUAACAAACCCAAUACUUAAUGGGAACAUUACGAUUGAAAAAGUAACACAAGAAGGUUGUUUAUGUUUAGAGCCUAUGAGUACUGUUUUUUAUAGAAAUCCUAUUUUUCUGAAGCAUGCAAAUGACAGUUCUAAAAGAAUGUUUGUUGGCGAACAGAUAGGGCUGGUGCAUAUAAUGUACCCAGAUGGUCGUGUAUUGGAGGAACCAUUCUUAGAUUUAACAUAUGAUAUCAAAACAACAAGCUCUAAGGGCGAUGAAAGAGGAAUGCUUGGAAUGGCAUUUCAUCCAAACUAUAUCAAUAAUGGGUUAUUUUACAUUUAUUAUUCAACUCACAUAAGUGAUUAUGAACAGAUUCAGAGCGGAGCAGACCAUAAAAUAAGGAUUGAAGAAUUUAAGGUUCGGGAUGACAAUCCUAACAGUGUUAACACCAGUUACAGCAGAGUCAUCUUGGAGGUCUAUGAACCAUAUUGGAACCAUAACGGGGGAGAGAUUUUGUUUGGAGACGAUGGGUACCUGUAUUUGUUUAUCGGGGACGGAGGGAUGGCUGGAGAUCCGCUCAACUCCGGCCAAGACUUGAAUUCUCUGCUCGGGAAAGUACUGCGUAUAGAUGUGGACAAUGUAGACUAUGUUAGACGUACAGAGUACAGCAUUCCACCAGACAAUCCGUUCGUCAACGACAUAAGGGCUUUGCCUGAAGUUUAUGCAUACGGUGUCCGAAACAUUUGGAGGUGUGGAAAAGACCGAGGGGACCCUAUCACUAAAUUUGGAAAAGGUCGCAUUGUUUGCGGAGAUGUUGGGCAGAGUGCCAGAGAAGAAAUUGAUUUGAUAGAGAAGGGAGCUAACUAUGGGUGGAAGAAAAUGGAGGGUACAGCCCCUUACUGCUCUGCAUGUAAAUAUGCAUCAGGAGGAAAUGUGACAGCCCCCAUCUGGGAUUAUCCACAUUCCUUUGGAAAGUCUGUGACCGGGGGCCAUUUUUAUCGCGGUUGCCAAAGCCCAAAUCUCCAGGGCUACUACAUAUAUGGGGAUUUUAUGAGUGGGCGUCUUUUCCGUCUUCUCCACCAUGCCAACAAUGACACGUGGACAAACAAGGAACUGAAGAUGUGUGCUUCGAAUGUCUGUGUACCCCCUCUCGUCAACGACUACGCCACCAGCAUCAUAUCAUUUGGCGAGGAUGAGGAGGGGGAGGUGUACAUGCUGUCAACCGACUAUGCCUCCACAACUGUUCGUGCCGGAACUGUUUACAAGAUUGUCGACCCCAUCAGACGUGGAAAUCCACAGGACUGCAAAGGAUAUGAUGUCCAGACUCCACCAACAAUAACUACGCCUCAAGAAAACACGCCUCAAAAAACCACAGCUACGGUCAGCCAUGCUCCAUCCACUAUCCCCCCUGUGGCUGCCUCCACUGCUCCUCCACUUUUACCUACUCCAGUCAUGACGACGCCACCGCCUGUAUCCACGACAACGCAGCUUCAGGUGUCCGUGUCAUAUGAGACUAUUUUGAAAAUGAUUCGCCAAUGGAUGGCUAGGAGUCCAAAUUUCGGGACUGGAAGGACUGUUUUCAGAAUCGCUAAUGUAAAACCAUGAGUUUUGGCUUUAUUCAAAAUGCCGAGCAUAGCAUUCGUUUAAAAAUUCAAAAUGAAAUCGGAUUUUUCUUUUAAUAUUAAAUUGUGUUAAUUCCUAUUUUGUUUAAAAUAAACAAAUGUUUAUAACAUGUUACUGUAUUUUUUAUAUUUUUCUUUCUAAAGGUACUAUUUCAGAAAUGAUUUGUCUUGGUCACAUAAACCAAAGGUUUCAGAUUUGUUAGACUUUUACUUAAUCUUCAUUAGUGACUUUAUGUUUUUGAAAGGUAUUAAGUUUGCAACCAAGGGUGGAAUUCGAUAUUGGUCAUAUUUGGAUCGAAGGACAAUGUAGCCAAUCAGAUAGCGUGGUAUUAAUAACCGACCAAUCCAAUGAAUGAAGACAAAGCUGUUUAAUGGAUUGACCUAAGUUGCAUAUUGAAUGCCACCUCUGAAUUUGAUUUGCUAAAUAAACAAUCCGGCAAAUAAAUAAACCAUUCAACUGUAAGGUAUAGCAUACAUUUUUGUAAUAAUUCCUUUUGAAAUGUUGGUUAUAUUUUUCAAAUGUAAAAUACCAAAGUGCCUGUGAUUGAUUUAAUUUCUCUUUAUCAUAAAUGUCAAAGUGUAUUAUCAAAGGUUAAAAUGAUUACACAAAUGUAGAUUGUUUGUCAAACAUUAAACAAAAAAUUAUAGAAAAUGUUUAAAUGAUAACCUUAAUAAUUUUGGUAAUUUAAUUGAGGUGAAUAUUAAAUCAACAUGUUGACAGACUUUUUGUACUUAUAAUUUUGAACAGCCGUGAAUCAGCUGGGAGUUCAAAACACAAUACAUUGUUUAACAUGAAUCAGAAAAUUUAAAACACAAUAAAUUGUUUGACAUGAAUCAGAAAAUUUAAAACACAAUAAAUUGUUUAAGAUGAAUCAGAAAAUUUAAAACACAAAUUGUUUGACAUGAAUCAGAAAAUUUAAAACACAAUAAAUUGUUUAACAUGAAUCAGAAAAUUUAAAACACAAUGAAUUGUUUAACAUGAAUCAGAAAAUUUAAAACACAAUACAUUUUUCAACAUGAAUAAGAAAGUGAUGGUUGGACACAAUAAAGACUGUUACUGUGUUUCAGGACUGUUAAUUAAUCAUACAGGUAGUUUGUCAAACAACACAUUCUACAUUGUAACUAUAAAAUGACAAACAACGCUGUAUAACAGUAAUGUUCUACAAACUAUUUCAUUUUUGUUUGUUUGUUUAUUUAAUUAUUUCUAACGUUAAGUGCUUUAUUAUUUAGUACGAGGUAAAAGGUUUAUCCCUCAAAUUUUAUGUUUGUGAUUCAUUUUUAUGCAUUGAUUUUAAAUAUUAGAAUCAUUUUAUAUGAUUGUGUAAACAAGUUCAACAAAUUUCUACGCAAUAAUAUUUGAUGUCUGACUACAAAUACAUAUCAUUUUACGCAUGUUCAAAACUGUUUUUAUGUCUUGAGUUUGUUGAAUCAGUCCGUCUUCUUGAGUAUUGUAGAUUUUCGAUCUUUGUAUAACACGGCAUGAGUAUUUGUUACAGAUUUGAUUGAAAAUGGGUUAUGUUUUAGAUUAGAAUUGGCAUGUUUAGCAUGGUUUGUUAAGAUCCGAUAAUAAAUCUAAUCAUACCGAG